AUGCGACAUGUGAAAGGAAUACGCAAAAAUCGCGGUGAUGCCAAAUUAGACCAUAAAAAAUUAAGUUCUGAUCCAUUUAGUAAAAGUCUUGGAGAAUUAAAUGAAUCAAAUGAAAUAACGCUUUCUCAUCAAGUUGUUUCUUUGGUUCCAGAAUUUAAUAGCGAUGACGUACAUAUAAAUUCUUAUACUGCGCAACAUGUGUCAGGUUUGUUACAAAAAGCCGACCUUACAUUAAAAUCCAAUGAAUACGGAAAAUCUAUUAAAUAUUUGCAACGAGCUACUCAAUUGGGUUCUGCUCUUGCCGCUGCGAAAUUGGGAUCAAUAUACAGUCAAGGUCUUAACGCUACCAUAGCUCAAGACUUUGCAACAUCAGCCGCAUAUUAUUUCCUAGCUUUAAAACUUAUUAUGAUGAUACCAUGUACAUCAUAUUAUUCAUGGGAUUUAUCCCUUGUUCUCGACGUUGUUAUUGGAUUAACAGAUCUAUAUCGCCGAGAAUUGAACCAUCACAACGAAGCAGAUACAGAUAUUAUAGAGUGUGGGGUAAAAAUCAUGAGAAGUAUAGAUGAUAGAUUACGAGAUCCCUUUUUCAUUAGAAUUCUUGAUCAUAAUGAUGUUCAAUUACAAAGAGCGAUACGUAUACAUGUAAAUUUUUGUUUUGCUAUAACUUACAUGAUGGCAGGAGAAAUUUAUGAGUCUAGAAUGUCAUUCCGAGAGGUUGAAGCAAUAGGGGAAUGCGGGCAUGAAAGUGCAGAUCUAUUGGUUAUAAAAGCUCGGGAACACAUUCAUUGGUUAGAUUCUCAAUUACCAAAUUUCACAGAUUGUGCACAAUGUAAAUAUGCACCAACAAAUUUAAAAGAUAUUAAGACAUUAGAGAUGUGUCCGAGAUGUCAAGAAGUUGCUUUUUGUGGGAAGGAUUGUUUAUCAAUGCAUACUUCUUCUUGCUCAGGAACUUUUUUAUAA